AUGUCAGAUGAGCACAUCGCUCGUCAGACAGCGUCAAGCCUCGAUAGGCUUGAGAAUUUCAACUUCUUACUCUCCCGACACGAUCCUGCCCUGGCAAAGAGUCGACAUUACUCUUUCGACGCAGACGCGGCCGGCUUGGCUCCUUUUCAAAACCUGAGCAUGGAUUACGACCAGACUGAGGGAAUGGGCGGUAUUUCCGUCAGUUCCUACGAUAGCAUUGAGGAUGAACGGAACCCGAUCGAUGUGAGAGGGUAUCCCUAUCAUGCUCCCCACCAAGGGUCUUAUGUCCCCCUUGGAGCUUCCCUCGUGUGA